AUGAAGUUUCAAACAGGAGUUGUUUUCUUGUGUUUUGUAUGUCUGCUGCAAAUAUUUGAUAGCAAGUGUGAAUAUGCACAAUCCUACUGUGGUAGGAGACUGGCGUCGACGUUAGCAUUCCUUUGUGAUAAAUCUAUUGAGGUCAAGAGAUCAGACUACAGAUACACUAGUGAAGCUCGAGGUUGGCGAUGGAUCUCACCACAUCAAGCAAAAAGCGUCAGCAGGACUAAGCGGCAGAUUGUCGCAGAGUGCUGCGAUAAGCCUUGUACGGUAGACGAGUUGUUAACAUAUUGCUAG